AUGAACAACCCGACAGGUCUCAAAAAGGGCCUGGUGCAGCAGUGGCAAGCGGCAACUAGCGCCAUGGACAAGUUCCAGUUCCUCAAAUCAUUCCUCCUGGACCGGGAUAUGGCAGAUAUCACGGUGGAUGCGUAUUACGAGAACGAGACCAAAGAGCGUUACGUGGAACUCCCCCUGUGUGAGAUCAAGGAGAAAUAUGAGAAACUACCUGGGGGCAAGGAGUUUGUGGCGGACAUAGUGGCAAACCAAAAGGGAAAGGAGCAUCCACAAAGCAAGAGUGAAGCCUGGCGCAUUUACAAAGUCUUCAACUGCGUGGACAUAUCAAGCCUGCUGCCUCAAUCUGCCAAUAUGAUUCCGAACCUCAAUAACCAGGAGCCCCAAACCCCAAAUGGCACUCGAAGGUGGCAACCUGACCCGAGUCGGGAACAAGACGACAGCCUCUGCUGCUGUCUCGAGGAACAAAGCAGAAAGGCUUGGGGUCGCUGA